CACCUCCUUGCCCCGUACAUCGCUAGCAUAAUUCCACCCACAACAAAGUUCAUCCACCUAUCCAGGCUCACGGGCCCAGACAGCAAAUCCCGAGGAUGAAACCCUCAUCUUGGGCAAACCUCCUCUUGGGAUCCAUCUUUCCCCAGCUAGAGCCAUUCCCUAAAUUCAAUUUCCGAACACGCUGCCAAUCGUUCCUCCCCCAGCUCGACAUCUACAAUGCCAUCGGAUUCGCCGAGUACAUACCCGCAGGAACAAACCUCACAUUCCCGUAUAAUGACGCGUCAUGUAAUCGACCGAGCCAAAUUAUCCCAGUGGAUAUGUGCCGCCUCGCACUCUCGGUUGAGACAUCAAAUCGAUCAGGCAUGACGAUGGAAGUAUGGCUGCCUCAAACCUGGACGGGGAGAUUUCUAGGCACCGGGAAUGGGGGAAUUGAUGGAUGUAUCAAAUACGAGGACCUUGCGUACGGUAUCGCAACUGGAUUCGCUACUGUUGGUUCCAACAACGGCCACAACGGUACCACUGCGGUGAGCUUCUAUGAGAAUGAGGAUAUCCUUGCGGAUUACGCCUGGAGAGCUCUCCAUGUCAGCGUCGCUAUGGGCAAAAAUCUCACACAGAGCUUUUACAGCAAAGCUGCGACGAAAUCCUACUACAUUGGAUGCUCCUUUGGCGGCCGACAGGGCAUCAACUCUGCAGUAUCAUUUCCAGAUGACUUUGACGGCAUUGUCGCCGGAUCUCCAGCACUAGACUUCAACAAUCUGGUCUCUUGGCGCGCCAGCUUUUUCCCCAUUACAGGAUCCCCUGGCUCAUCGAGCUUCAUCAAUCUGUCUGAUUGGGAGAAACUCGUUCACCCAGAAGUACUCCGCCAAUGCGACAGCCUUGAUGGUGUUGCUGAUGGCAUCAUUGAAGACCCUUCUUUAUGUCACUUCCGUCCAGAGUCAAUCAUGUGUACUAGGGACAGAAUCAACAACUGUCUGAAUGUCAGCCAAGUUGAUACCAUCCGACGGGUUCUUAGCCCACUGUAUGGCAUCGAUGGACAAUUAAUCUUCCCAGCCAUGCAACCAGGCAGCGAGAUAGAAGCUGCAACGCAGCUCUACGCGGGGAAACCAUUCAGCUAUUCCGAGGAAUGGUUCCAAUACGUAGUCUACACUCCCUCCUGGGACCCAGCAACAUUUACUCUCCACGACGCCUCCAUCGCAGAAGCUCUCAACCCCCAAAACAUCAAAACGUGGCCCAACGAUCUAUCCACCUACCGCAAUCGAGGCGGGAAAAUCAUCACCUUUCACGGCCAACAAGACGGAAAGAUCACCAGCUUCAACACAGCGCGAUUCUAUAACCAUUUAUCCAGAUCCAUGCAGAUGUCCUCUUCGCGGCUGGAUGGCUUCUUCCGCUUCUUUCGCAUCUCAGGCAUGGGACAUUGUAAUUCAGGACCCGGGGCAUGGGGUAUCGGACAGGGUGGUGGGCCGGUCGCUAUGGCGAUUCCGUUCGAGAGGGAAGGGAGUGUGUUGGCUGCGUUGGUGGAUUGGGUGGAGAGGGAUAUUCCUCCGGAUACGAUUCGGGGGACAAAGUUUGUGAAUGAUACUCCGGCGUUGGGGGUGGAGCUUCAACGGGAUCAUUGCAGGUAUCCACUGCGCAAUACGUAUGUGGGAGGGAAUUCAUCGUUUCCGGGGAGUUGGAGAUGUCUUGAUUCUUGAGAAGGGAGGUGAUGGAAUUCUGGCAGUUGGGGGAUUGUGUGCUUAUAUUUCGGUUUGAAAUAAUGUAUUGUGAAUGCCGAAUGCUAAAUUAUAGCUUAUCCUUACCUUUGCCAAUCACUCUUUUUUUGAA